AUGAAAGUGACCUUUGAAGGUGGGCCCAACGAAGAAAACAACCCAAUUCAGGUCCCGAAGUUCACAUCUCCCGCAUCUCUUUGGUUGGUAAAUGCUGAUCACGGGGCAUAUGAUCUCUUUGGGAAACCUAGCUGCUAUCACAUGUGGUGCCACCAUCGGGAUUGCACGUCGGAUGUGUACGUCGAAUCACAGAAAAGCAAGCGGAUCACAAUUGAAUCCAACAUCAAGCUUAUCCUAGAAGAGUAUGACAACAAAAAGAAGCGAGGUGAUCAGGGUCUUGGCCGGCUCAAGAAGCUCAUGGAGGAGAGGGACAUCAUUAGAUUGCUGCCAGGGGCAGUUCCGGGCUUCGUUCUGAGAAACCGGAAGUGGGUCCUCCUUAACCUUUUGCAACUUGGGCCGGUCGAUCAGGACAAUGGAUGGAGUAAUCUUGUCCUCCCCCCGGGGCACCGGCAGUUGGUUCAGGCCAUGGUUGAGACUCACACGCAGCAGCUCAAUUCUAACAAGGAUGCUAAGCUUGAGAUGGACUCGGUACGAGGCAAGGGGAGAGGAUGCGUCAUUCUCUUGCAUGGAGUCCCGGGAGUGGGCAAGACUUCCACGGCCGAUACCAUGGCAGAAUGUGUCGCUGCUCAUACAAAGAAGCCACUUUACCCCAUCACUUGCGUCUUCCUCCGUAUCCGAGAGUACUACUCGGGGAUUCUGUUCCUCACAACAAACCGCGUCGGAGCGAUCGACGACGCAUUCCGAUCCCGCCUCCAUCUAACCCUUUACUACCCGAAGCUCACCAAGAAGCAGACAAAGGAAAUAUUCAAGCACAAUUUUAAACGGAUUGCCGCCAUCAACGCUAACCGCACACUGAACGGGUUGUCCCCGUUUGAGUACAAGGACUCGGAGUCGAAAAUCAUGGACUGGGCCAUGGAAACCUGGAAGGCGCUGAGGUGGAACGGACGCCAGAUCCGCAACGCUUUCCAGACCGUCCUUGCCCUGGCCGAGUUUCAAGAGAACGGCCAUGGCGGUGAGUCAGCGCCUCGAGUGUUGACUAGACAGUACUUCAAGAUUGUUGCCAAUGCCUCCACCCAGUUCAACGACUACUUGCUCGGGACCCAUGGCAUGGACGAGGAUAAGGUGGCUAACCGCGAGUACAUGAGAGCAUUGUCAUACUCACCCUCUUCUGAGUUGGUGUUCAGGGGUUUUAACCAAGACUCUUCUGAGUCUAGCUGCGAAGAGGAGGAAGAUGAUGAUGGGUCAGAGACAGGGAACGACUCGGAUGAGUUUGAUGGCUUCGAAACUGGAAAAAAGAAGAAGAGCAGAGGGAAGAAAGGGAAGAGCAACAGUAAGAAGAGCAAAAAGCCGACAGGGAAGAGGAGAAACUCAGGGAAGAAAAUCAAGGAAAAGAAGAAGGAAGUGAAGGAGAGCGAUGAAAGUGAGGACUCUGAGUGA